AUGUCGGGUGAUCAAAAAACCCUCAUCAAGGGCAAUCCAUCACAGUACGUGAAGUUAAACGUUGGAGGAUGUUUACAUUACACCACGAUCGGAACACUUUGCAAGCAGGACACAAUGCUCCGGGCUAUGUUUAGUGGACGGCUGGAGGUGCUUACAGAUUCGGAAGGUUGGAUAUUAAUCGAUCGUUGCGGUACACACUUUGGUACGAUACUGAACUUCCUUCGGGACGGUAGCGUGGCACUGCCGGAAACAACCAAAGGUAUUGCGGAACUGCUGGCCGAAUCCAAAUACUACUGUAUCGAGGAACUGAUCGAGGCGUGCGAGAAGGUGCUCGCUAAGAAGGAACGAGAAUCGGAACCAAUCUGCCGGGUGCCCUUGAUAACAUCGCAAAAGGAGGAACAGUACCUGAUCAGUACGGCCACCAAACCGGUGGUGAAGUUACUGAUCAAUCGCCACAACAAUAAGUACUCGUACACGAACACAUCGGAUGACAAUCUGUUGAAAAACAUUGAGCUCUUCGACAAGCUGUCCUUGCGCUUCAGUGGGCGUGUGUUCUUCAUCAAAGAUGUGAUCGGUUCGAGCGAAAUCUGUUGCUGGUCGUUUUACGGCAAUGGGAAAAAGGUGGCCGAAGUGUGUUGCACGUCGAUCGUGUACGCUACCGACAAGAAGCAUACGAAGGUAGAGUUUCCGGAGGCGCGCAUUUUCGAGGAAACGCUAAACAUACUACUGUAUGAGAACAAAAACGCACCUGAUCAGGAGCUAAUGCAGGCGACAUCAUUGCGCGGUGCGGUUGGCGGUAUCAGCUCGUACACGAGCGACGAGGAGGAAGAGAGGACCGGUUUGGCUAGGUUACGCUCAAAUAAACAGAACAACCCUACAUGAUUCACACAUCAGCUAGUGCUGAAAAGGAAGCUGUUGCCAAAGAGGAACUAGCACC